CCUUUUCUGUCCGCAUUGUAAACGGUGCGAGCAACAGUUCCGGCCGAGUGGAGGUCUUUCAUGCCGGAGAAUGGGGGACCGUGUGUGAUGAUAGGUGGGAACGCUAUGAAGCUGUAGUUGUGUGUAGAAUGUUAGGAUACAAUUACAGCAAAGCUCAGAGUGUUGGAUCUGCGUACUUUGGAGCUGGCUCAGGACCUAUCUUGAUGGAUGAUGUCGCAUGUGACGGCUCGGAACAAAGCCUUGAUGAGUGUCCGUUUAGUGGUUGGGGAACUCAUAAUUGUGGCCAUAAUGAAGAUGCAGGCGUGAUAUGUUUCAUAGAAAAUCACGACGGAACAGAUUUUGACAUCCGCUUAAAUUGAGGGCAAAAUUACGGCCGUGUAGAAGUGUAUCACAGUGGUUUCUGGGGAACCGUUUGUGGCGACAACAGUUGGGAUAUCAGAGACGCUAUUGUGACCUGCCGCAUGUUAGGAUUCAGUACUGGUCAACCAAUAUAUCAGACCACCCGUUAUGGCAGUGUAACAGGUCCGGUAUGGAUGAGAGGUGUAGACUGUAACGGUACGGAGGACAGUCUAGCUGAUUGUUCCUUUGACGGAUGGGGUCAAGUUGAGCUGAAUUGUAACUACCCUGCUACUCUUUUCUGUUAUAACGUCACAGGAACAGACAUUCACAUCCGCCUGAGUGGGGAUUAUCGUCCCCAUGUCGGCCGUGUUGAAGUCUACUAUAGUGGUUACUGGGGUACUGUUUGUGUCGACAACUACUGGGACUACAGGGACGCUGUUGUAACGUGCAGGAUGUUCGGAUACAGUACUGGUCAACAAGCCACCCAUUAUUACAGUAAGAAGGAUCCCGUAUGGAUGACAGGUGUAAACUGUAACGGUACGGAGGACAGUCUAGCUGAUUGUUCCUUUGACGGAUGGGGACAUGGUGGUUAUUGCAGUGGCUACCCCGCUGGUGUUUUCUGUUAUAACGUCACAGAACAAGACAUUGACAUCCGCCUUAGUGGAGGCACAGGUCCCCAUGUCGGCCGCGUGGAAGUGUACUACUGUGGUUACUGGGGAAGUGUUUGUGGAGACAACCACUGGGACAUGAGGGACGCCAGUGUAACGUGUCGGAUGAUAGGAUACAGUGCUAGUCGUCAUAUGUAUUACACCACCCGUUAUGGCAGUCUAACAGAUCCUGUAUGGAUGACAGGUGUAGACUGUAACGGUACGGAGGACAGUCUAGCUGAUUGUUCCUUUGACGGAUGGGGCAAAGUUGGUCACUGCAGUAUUUACCCUGCAAGUGUUUUCUGUUAUAACGUCACAGAAACAGACUUUGAAAUUCGCCUUCGUGGAGGCGCAGGUCCUCAUGUCGGGCAUGUAGAAGUGUAUCACAGUGGUCUCUGGGGAACCGUUUGUGGCGACAACAGUUGGGAUAUCAGAGACGCUAUUGUUACCUGCCGCAUGUUGGGAUUCAGCACUUAUCAACAUAUCUAUCAGACCACCCGUUAUGGCGGUCUAACAGAUCCUGUAUGGAUGACAGGUGUAGACUGUAAUGGUACAGAGGAAAGUCUAGCUGAUUGUUCGUUUGACGGAUGGGAUCAAGUUGGCCACUGCAGUACUUACCCUGCUACUGUUUUCUGUUAUAACGCCACGGAAACAGGUUUUGACAUCCGCCUAACUGGAGGGGCAGGUCCUCAUGUGGGCCGUGUAGAAGUGUAUCACAGUGGUCUCUGGGGAACCAUUUGUUACGACAACAGUUGGGGCUACAAGGACGAUAUCGUAGCGUGUGGGAUGUUGGGGUACAGUACUGGUCAACCAAUAUAUCAGACCAACCGUUAUGGUAGUCUAACAGAUCCUGUAUGGAUGAGAGGUGUAGACUGUAACGGUACGGAGGACAGUCUAGCUGAUUGUUCCUUUGGCGGAUGGGGCCAAGCUGAGCGGUAUUGCAGUUACCCCGCUACUGUUUUCUGUUAUAACGUCACAGGAACAGACAUUCACAUCCGCCUGAGUGGCGGUUCUGGUACCCAUGUCGGCCGUGUUGAAGUCUACUAUAGUGGUAACUGGGGUACUGUUUGUGGCGACAACUACUGGGACUACAGGGACGCUGUUGUAACGUGCAGGAUGUUCGGAUACAGCACUGGUCAACAGGCCACCGAUUAUUACAGUAUGAUAGAUCCUGUAUGGAUGACAGGUGUAAACUGUAACGGUACGGAGGAUAGUCUAGCUGAUUGUUCCUUUGACGGAUGGGGACAGGGUGGUUAUUGCAGUAGCUACUCCGCUAGAGUUUUCUGUUAUAACGUCACAGCACAAGACUUUGACAUCCGCCUGAGUGGAGGCGCAGGUCCCCAUGUCGGCCGCGUGGAAGUGUACUACAGUGGUUACUGGGGAGCUGUUUGUGGAGACAACCACUGGGACUUAAGGGACGCCAGUGUAACGUGUCGGAUGUUAGGAUACAGUAAUGGUCGGGCUUUAUCGCGUGUUUCCAAUGUCCCUAAUGAACCAAUUUGGAUGGAAAAUGUAAGAUGUAACGGUACGGAGACCAGUCUUGCUGACUGCCCUUUUGACGGCUGGGGAAAUGUUGGCUACUGUAGUUAUCAACCUUAUGUCACGUGUUUCAACGUAGCAGCUAAUUCUACCAUAGAAGUUCGUCUGGUAGAUGGACCGUACAAUUAUACUGGCCGAGUCGAGGUGUACUACAGUGGAUAUUGGGGAGCUGUUUGUUCUUACGACUUUGGUGAUGCAGACGCAGCAGUCGUAUGUAGAAUGCUUAAUUAUAGUAAUGGCCGGGCAUUAUCGCAUGUUUCCAAAACCCCUGAAGAACCAUUAUGGAUGGGCAAUGUGAGAUGUAACGGUACGGAGACCAGUCUUGCUGACUGUCCUUUUGACGGCUGGGGAAAUGUUGGCAGAUGUCAUUAUCAACCUUAUGUCACGUGUUUCAACGUAGCAGAGUUCUUGCUGUGGGGACGUGACGUUACUUAG